UAAUCUUUUAUAAACAUUAGUUUCAUGACUGAGUUAGGGUUUGGAACCGUCAUCAACGAUGCCCGUAUUACAGGACCAGUUUGGGCAACAUUUGGAUUUAACUAGAGAGGAAGCAAAUAGUUUUCUAUCAAGAAAACUCAAAGCAAACACUGCGCUUCAUUUUGAAGAAACAAAGCAAGGUAAUCUUGAAAGGGAAUGCUAUGAAGAGGUUUGCAGCCAUGAAGAAGCAAGAGAAGUCUUUGAAUUUGAUACUAUUGGCCUGAACAAAUUCUGGGCUCAAUACACCGGCCAAAGUGAUGAAGCUUCGCAAGACAACAUUGUUGGAGUUAUUAUCGGUAUCAUGUUCGGGGUGUUGGGAUUCAUUAUUCUCGUUAUUGUUUUAUUCGUUCUAUGGAAGAAGAGGAAAGGAGAACUUGACAGGAGGUCGAGUUAUGGAGAUCAGCCUUACAAUCCGUACCCACUUCAUGUUUUAUAUCCUCCCGCAAGUAAAGCAAAUGGAAACCAUUAUGAGAUGCCAAUCAUUGAUGCUUAUGAUAGUGACCUAGCUCUUGGAAUCAGUGAAUGUUAUGUCGAACGUGAAAGGCUUCUUGUUGGAGAACUCAUAACUUCAGGAAACUUUGGCGAAGUUCAUAAAGGAGAAUUGAGAAUGAGAGACGGAUCUUUGAUGGAUGUGGCCGUCAAGAGUUUGAUAACAUUAGACGACAGAGAAGAUAUUGAAAAAUUUCUUCGCGAGGGGGUCAUGAUGAGAGGACUCGAUCAUAAAAAUGUGCUUUCACUCAUUGGAGUUUGCGUAGAGGAUGAUGACUUGAGAAAAUCUCCUCUGAUUGUUCUUCCUUUCAUGAAAUAUGGAGAUCUGAGGACGUUUUUAAGGGACGGAAAUAAUGUUCUAACUGUGAUGCAUCUCCUGAGGUUUUGUGGUGACGUCGCUCACGGAAUGAAAUACCUCGCUGAUAAAAAAUUUGUCCACAGAGAUCUUGCAGCCAGAAAUUGCAUGGUUGAUGAGCGGUGGUGCGUCAAGGUGGCUGAUUUUGGACUUUCUAGAGAUUUGUUCGAUCGUGAUUAUUAUACAAGCAGUGUGAAAACGCAACUACCAUUGAAGUGGAUGCCUCCAGAAAGCAUCAAAUAUGGAAGAUACGAUGAAAAAUCUGACGUGUGGUCAUAUGGAAUAGUAUGCUGGGAGAUUAUGACCCGAGGAGCAAUCCCCUACCCCACUGUGCAAGCUGUUGCUAUUCUACAAUAUCUGAGUGAUGGGAACAGGAUGGAAAAACCUGAAUGUUGUCCUGCUAAAUUGCACUCAGUAAUGAAAAGUUGUUGGUUGGAUGAGCCGACAGACCGCCCAACAUUUUCCGAACUAGUUUCAAUGACCAGCGACGUUAUCAGAGAUGCAAAGAGGAUAUCCGGUCGAAGGUCACGAAGUUCAGAUGCAAGUUCUUCUUAUACACAUGAUAGCCGAGGUGCUGGAACUGCUUAUCAAAACUCUGACACAGAACGAUCCUCAGUGAGAAGGGACAAAGGAAAGGGAGAUAGAAGACGCGAUGAAGUUGACAGCAGGGACCCGAAGCCGAAACCUCGUAGUAGCAAAUCUCGAAGCAAGCACUCUAACUCAAACAACACAAAGAAAAGUUCGAAUCAAACAACACCGACAUCGGAGAGUACAAUGACCAGAAGCAAAAAAAGUAUAAAAAAGCUGAAAAAUUUGAGAAGAUAUUGUAAUUGUUAA